UCAUGUCUGUGAAAUCGAUUGAUAUUAACAUACGUGACAACGCUGGUAUGACUCCCCUUGAUCUCAUCAGGCAGAAGCCGCUAUCUCCUACCUCAGAUCUCUUGUUCCGACGGCUGGUAUCAGCCGGAGGGAUGUUCAGUUCUCGUGAUCAAAGCAUCACAAGUGUGGUCGCAACUCACUUGAAGGACAGAGGAAACUUUUACAGCCCAGGAGCUCGUUUCAAGACGUCGGACGCUGACAUGUUCCUAAGCACCCGACUAACUGAUGUUGCGCCAGAUAAGACUGCUGUUGCUAGACACGUGAGGUCCAGCUCCUGUUCCAUUGAGAUUGGUCAGCUAGACGUGAUGGAUGAGAAUCAUCAUUUCAAGAAAUGCAGAAACGCGUCUGUUAACUCUGCAACGGAGAGAUUGAAGAGCGUUUUCCACUGGCCGCGAGCCAAGAAGCAACCAGGCCAUUCCAAGAACGAUUCUGAGAUAAGCAUCGCUUCGACAGUUGUGGAGGCGCAAGAAACUCCGGUCCCUCUCCGACAGAGAUUCUCAAAAAGCAGCAGCAGUGGCUCGCUUGCUCUGCCUAAUAAUAACAAUAAAAGAACGUUAUCGGUAAGAAGUAACCAGUCGAGUCCAAGAGCCAAGAAGAAGCGGAUUGGUACAGUGCGGUCUCGUUCUAGUUCAUUCUCGAAAAUAUCCAUCCACUCGUCUUCGACGUCAUCAACUUCGAGCAUGGUUGAUCUUAAACAGAAG